UGCGAGAUUUCGUUUGAACCCGGAAGUAGGGGUGUUGUUUACAGCUAACGCACGAGCUCAGACGCAAGUCAUAACCGAAGUCAACAAUAAAAGCUAAUCAAAAUGAACGAAACACAAAAUGGAGCGGCGUUUGACCCUAUUUCUGUGCAUAAUUUCUCGGACAAGAUUCUUGAGCAGGUUAUUCACUUUCACGUUAUGAAACUCAGUGGCGGGUUUUUCCUGUGGAUCGGUUCGAGUCCAGUCAUGUCCAACCUGGCUGUUUCAAUGAGCAGCAAAUAUGAUUCAAUGCCAUUAUCAACAUUAGUCAUGGGGGAUCCGUCAAAUACUGCUCCCAAUUCAUUGGCACAGAGAUUAGCAAAGAAGACCAAAAAGCAAGUGUUUGUGAGCUACAGUCUUCCUGUGACAGACCCCAACCUCAGUCUCCUUGUGGAAAACAGAAUCAAAAAGGAGCUGGAGCUUCACCCGGAACGUUUUUAACCGCAUUACUGUUUGUUGCAUAGAACUGAUGAACACGGCAGCUUAUCCUCAUUCUCAUCAUCGUCAGACGUACAUCCUGGUGUCGUAAUCAUAUUCCAACACAGUUCAGUCCCAUCAAGUGUUCUUUUAUUGACAUAAUAAAUUAAGUGGUUUAUUAUCAAAACAUGUAGGCCUAUGGCUUUUUGUACAAAUGCAUCAUAUUAAAAAAAUAACACUUAGAAAACAGUA